AUGUCAGGACUCGAGGACCGAUGUGUUAUGUUCCAUGACGCGGCCAUGGGAACGGGCAAGUCAAAAGGCUCCGCCAAGGAGAUCGCUGCGCUUCGCAAAUUCCUCCAUAAGAAUCAGACCCAGCGGUUCACCGACAAGGCAACUUCAAGAUUGUUUGAUACGAUUCAACUCUACUGCAAGAACGAUGUGGUAGCGCUGGAGGAUCGAGAAGGAUUGUUAGAGGAUGCGUUGAAGAUGCCGUUCACCGUCUUCACAACCAAGCAAAAGAAGACGAUGCUAAAAUGGAUUGAAGAGUUGAGAGGAACAACAGGGAGUGGUGGCAAACCCUCCAAAAAACAUUCCAAGGCCAUCAAGUUUUCCGUCAUUGAUCUGGAUGCUGACAAUAAGAAGUUUAGUCUGAUGCAAGAAGAGUCGGGUGAUACCUUUGAGGAUUUGCCUUUACCAGAAGGUGCCCUCGGCAACCAAAUCAAAACUGCGUUUGAGACCACUGAGGAUGCCGUUGAUGUGGAGGCAACCUUGGAUAAUGGAAAGAUUACUGUGCACACUCUUGGUGCUUAG